AUGGCAAUAUCGUUGACAUUGCAAGCUGCGGACGAGCCGACGCACAACCCAGAGUUCUCGACAGAUCGUCCCAAUAAAAGAACCAAGCAUGAUCAUGCGGACAAAAGCGAUAAUGCUUGUAAUGUGGGUCGAGAUGAAACGACAUUCGUUGCUCGUCAUCCCUUAGGCGUCAGACCCUCGGGCAAUUCCUUCGACUCCGAGAUCAACCUCAAAUUCGCGAUGGGAUCGUUUGCGCGACUGCCAGAUGAAUUACUAGCGUCGGUCCUCGAGACUUUACCUCCAGCAGAUCUGCUUCGUCUAGGCGGGACCUGUCGAGCCCUGUAUGCCUUCACGCGCAACGAAGAGCUUUGGCGGGCUAUGUUUAUUGCUGCUUCGCCGAAAACUUUUAAAUGGCGUGGUACUUGGCGAUCGACCUACCUCAACCAAGCUGUGGACAAGGAACCGAUGGUCGACUGCAGGAACCUCUUUUCGGAUGUAUUACAUCGACCAUUCUACUGCGCAAACGUUUCGCUUGAUACCUACGCCGAGAAUAUUCCAACAGGAAAUCGCAUCACCCGCUUGGAAAAUGUCACGCCCGAGGCCUUCGCCACCGAAUGGGUCCAUCGUCCAUUUAUCCUGACAGAACCGGUCAAAUCAUGGCCGAUCUACAAGUCCUGGACUCUUUCCCGGCUACGCGAGCGAUAUGCUGAGACAAGCUUCCGCGCGGAGAGUGUGGAUUGGCCUCUGAAGAUAUAUUUCUCGUAUAUGCAGAGCUCGAAAGACGAGAGCCCCUUAUAUCUAUUCGACCGCAGUUUUGUGGAGAAGAUGGGAAUAGCGGUAACAUCAAGUCCACCUGACGGUGAUUCCUCAGAAAUGAGCGAUCGAAUUGCAUACUGGCCUCCUUCAUGCUUCACAUCUGACGCCUUUACCGUUCUUGGAGACAAACGCCCCGAUCACCGGUGGCUAAUCCUCGGACCCGCGCGCAGUGGUAGCACCUUCCACGUCGACCCCAAUGGCACGUCCGCAUGGAACGCGGUCAUACGUGGCCGAAAAUACUGGAUCAUGUUCCCGCCUAUCUCGAAUACACGAGCUCCCCCGCCCGGUGUCCACGUCAGCGCAGACAAAAGCGAAGUGACCACGCCGCUGAGCAUCGCAGAAUGGCUGAUUGGAUUCCACGCAGAAGCCCGGCGUACCCCUGGGUGUGUGGAGGGGAUCUGCGAAGAGGGCGAGGUGUUAUAUGUACCUUCAGGAUGGUUCCAUCUCGUCGUCAACCUUGAAGCCAGCGUGGCGGUGACACAGAACCUCGUCCCACGGCGCCGAGUCGGAGCGGUCUUGCGGUUCCUAAAAGAACAACCGCAGAGCAUCAGCGGCUUUCGUGAGGAUGUCGACGACCCAUAUGCAUUAUUCCUUGGCAAGCUCAGGGAGCAUGACCCCGAGCUGGCCGACGAGGGGCUUCGCGAAUUGGAGCGACUACAGCGAUUGGGUGGAAAAUGGGAGCAGCUGACCAAGGGUGACGACGAUAAUGCUACAGGCAGCGCGAGCGCCUUUUCUUUCGGGUUCGGCGGUUCUGAUGACGAGAGCGAUGCUUGA